CCUCCAAACUCCAAAACCCUAAAAAACUCAAAAAAUCGAAAAUUAAAUAUGGGUCUCUUCUAAUUCCACUACUACAGCGAUCAAAAUUCAGAUCGCACAACCCUUCUGGGCCAUGUCUGUUUCUCACGCCCAGACCCACACCUCUGAUUCUCACUCUCACCCAUCUGGGUUUAAUAAUGAAGAUGAUCAGAGCCACCCCAAAUUCCAAGACACCGAGCCCUUUGAUGAGACUAUGGAGCCUGAUAGCCCAUUAAUGGAGGAAACCCAGUUGGUGGAUGGUUCGGAUUGCGAUGACAAGAUGAGGACUGGUAUGAGUGGGUUUGAGGAUGAAGUGGUGCUUGACAGUGAGGAUGAGGAAGUUAAUGGAAGCCGAAUAGUGACUGUUAGAAAUUUGUCUUUGGAUCGAAUAUGCGCUGCCGGGUUAAGCUACGUUGACUCUCAGGAACCAGGGGAGGAAUCCCAAGCCAAUGCACUUGAUUUUGUGGAUCAUUUUGUGACGUUGAACGACGAUCUUAGUUUUUAUUCUCCAGGAACUGCCAACAGGAAAACCACUAAGGUGCAAUCCCCUCCUGUUACAAACACAAAGGGGACUCAUAGUUUGGCGAGGUUGGUUGAACUCAGGUCUCAAAAUGAAAAAGCCAAAGCCUUUGAAUGGGUUGAUCCUGAGGAGAAUGGAGCACUUCGUUUUUUAGACAAGAAGAUGGAAUCAUCUUUGGUUAAUCCUGAGGGCAAGGAGAGAUCUGGUGUUGCAAGGAAAGAGAAAGUCAGGCAUGCUAAUGAUACAAAAUGUAUUAGCUCAGGUGAUGGGGGCAAAAAAGAGAGGAGCACAAUUCGAAACCUCCAUAAGGAAAUCACAGAAUCUGAAGGCAAGAUUGAAAACGAGUCUGUCAAUGCAUCAGAACUCCAGCUGGAACCUAGUGAGGAAGGAGCAAAUAUAGUUGACAUGUUUGAUAUUGGUUUUAACACUCAAAUUGCUGCCGAAGCUAUGGAGGCCUUAGCAUAUGGGGCCCAUCCUGGCUGCAAUACUGCAGAUGUUGGUUCAGGAGGUGCUAAAGAGAAUACAGCUUCUUUGGAACAUCGCUCUCCUCAAAAGAGUGAUUUUUCUAAUGUAGCAGGUAUUAGCAAAAAUUUAAACCGAAGAAACCGCUCCACUAGAGUACCAAGGAGAGCAGGUGCUUCAUCUAAAAAACAAUCUAAGAAGCAAGAGUUAGAUCCUGAUUUGGCAGCAGUAACAAAUGUGAAGAGAAGCAGAUUUUUUGGCGAGUCUUGUAGUAAUUUUGCCGAGGCCAACGAUAGUUUAUGUAUAGAAUCUCCCAAGUCUGUCAAGAAAAGGAAGCUACAGAGUGCAGCUGAUUAUUCCAAGGUUUCUUCUUCUGGAAAACACCAGACUACCCAGUCAACGUCAGGGGGUAGGUCAAGAAGGACCGAGGAUGGAUCAAACAAUGGUGUGGGGGAUGGUAUUGUUACAUACAGAAGAAAGAAGAGAUGUUUAAAAGCUCAAUCACCUGAAAUGAUCAGUAGUUCUGAGGCUGGAUCAGACGAGCCAGUAGAAAAGAAGAACAAUGUUAAGAAGGACAACAUUGUCACAUACAGGAGAAAGAAGAGAAUAGAUGCAAAAGAAAGUCGUUCAGUUUAUGUUUCAUCGGAGGGAAAUAGUAGCAGAGAAGCCUGUAGCUUAAAACUAGGUCUAUGGAGUCAUCCCAAAGGGAAAAGAACAGGUCGCAAUGCUCGAAGCAAUUCCUGCAGAGCUCCUGUUCCUUCUACUCCAUUUCCACUACUUGACAAAAAGGACAGUUCCCAUUCUGAUGAAAGGCCAGAAAGCAGCAACAAUAUGGCGGGGAAAGAACAAUCAUCGUAUUGCCCACCGGUGCUUUCCUUAGAUAACGACUCUGACAGAACCUUGUUUGAAUUGGAAUCUGGCGAGCUAGUUGGGACAGAUCCCACAUCUUCUGGUACUGAAUGUACUGCGCCGUCUAACUCUACCACUGGCAUAAAUGUGGGAUCAUCCAAAUAUGUAUCUCAUGACUAUCACAAAAAGCCAUGCAACAAAAACUUUCCCAAAUCACCUCUUAUGAAAGAGCUUAUUGGACUAGGUGUCCCUGAGUCGAUGCCAGAUUUUGCUUGGAAAGAUUUGAGAAGGCGAAGAAGUAUGGCCUAUGUUCAAGUUCUGUUUAGCCAGCAUUUGGAUGAUGAUAUCAUUAAGCAGCAGAAAAAGAUCAUUGCACGACUGGGCCUAUCCGUUGCUUCAUGUUCUAUGGAUGCAACACACUUUAUAGCAGAUCAAUUUGCACGUACAAGGAAUAUGUUGGAAUUCAUUGCUCUUGGUAAACCAGUGGUAACACAUUUGUGGCUUGAGAGUUGUGGGGAAGCAAACUGUUUGAUUAGUGAGAAAAGCUAUAUUCUGAGGGAUGCCAAAAAGGAAAAGGAAAUUGGUUUUAACAUGCUUGUUUCACUGGACUGUGCAAAACGGUGUCCGCUUCUAAAGGGUCGAAAAGUCUUCAUUACUCCGAACAUAAAACCUGGAAAAGAAAUGAUGACCAGCUUGGUGAAGACAGCUCAGGGCGAGCCAGUGGAGAAAGCUCAGAUAUCUGCCGCAAAGGGUAAAAAGAUUUUCAAUGAAUUAUUGAUUCUUUCUUGUGAAGAAGAUGAAGCAAUCUGUCUACCUUUCCUUGAGAAAGGUGCAGCAGUUUACAGUUCAGAACUUUUACUAAAUGGUAUAGUUAUCCAGAGACUGGAAUACAAGAGACAUCAGCUCUUCACCAAUGUCGUCAAGAAAGAUCGGCCUUAGGCCUUAGGUACCAAAGGCCUACCACAUAAUGAGGGGGACUGCAUAAAACCAUGUAGCUAAUUUUGUGUCAUUUUUGUUCGUAAUGCUUUUCCUUACAAAUGCCAUGGUUAUUGUUUAACCUGGUAUACAGUUUGGAAAUUUUUGGCAUGGUGAUGGCAAUUUGUAGCAUGGUAUUAGCUCCUGUUGUUUGUGUUGUGUGGUUAAGCCUGGAUAUAUAUGUACAGUAUUUAAGAUCAAGGAUCAGCUUCCAUCA